CCUCGGGUCCGGCGUGAACGACACUCAGAUUUGGUUCAGGGAUCUUGAAGUCCAUUUUGCCUUUCGAAUGCUUGAUAUCUCCUUCUGAGCUGAGUGAGAGCUGGUCUCUCAUUGCUGACAGACGUGAUGUUUUACCGGUUGCUCUCUGUGGUCCAAAGACAAAGAACCCGCCGAGGAUGGCAGAAUUGUUCCUCAGCCAGAAGCAGUGCUUCAGCGGCCGAUGCACAUUCUGUCACCCUGCCUGCCCAGGCGCAGGUGGUCAUCUGCGGUGGGGGAAUCAUGGGCACAUCUGUGGCCUAUCACCUGUCCAAGAUGGGGUGGAAGGACAUUGUCCUUUUGGAGCAAGGCAGGCUAGCGGCUGGCUCUACAAGAUUUUGUGCUGGCAUCGUAAGCACUGCCAGGCACCUGAGCAUCGAGCAGAAGAUGGCUGACUAUUCAAACAAACUGUACCAGCAGUUAGAGCAAGAAACAGGGAUCCAAACAGGUUACAUAAGGACAGGCUCCAUCUUUCUGGCCCAGACUCAAGACCGGCUGAUCUCCCUGAAGCGUAUCAACUCAAGGCUGAAUGUUAUAGGCAUCCCUUCUGAGAUCAUCUCCCUUAAGAAAGUGGCGGAACUGCACCCUCUCCUCAAUGUGCAUGACCUGGUGGGGGCCAUGCAUGUCCCAGAGGAUGCAGUGGUGUCCUCUGCUGACGUGGCUCUCGCCCUGGCAAGUGCUGCCUCACAAAAUGGUGUUCAGAUCUUUGACCGGACAAGUGUUGUUCACGUGAUGAUCAAAAAAGGUCAAGUUACUGGCGUGGAGACAGACAAAGGACAGAUCGAAUGCCAGUAUUUUGUCAACUGUGCUGGUCAGUGGGCAUACGAGCUGGGUCUGUCCAACGAGGAGCCGAUUAGUAUCCCGUUACAUGCCUGCGAACACUUCUACCUCCUGACUCGCCCCUUGGAGACCCCUCUGCAGAGCAACACACCAACUAUCGUGGAUGCUGAUGGCAGAAUUUACAUCCGCAGCUGGCAGGGUGGCAUCUUGUCUGGGGGCUUUGAGAAAACUCCGAAACCAAUUUUCACUGAGGGCAAGAACCAGCUGGAGAUUCAGAAUCUACAGGAAGACUGGGAUCACUUUGAGCCCCUGUUGAGCUCCCUCCUGCGUAGGAUGCCAGAAUUGGAGAUGCUGGAGAUAGUGAAGUUGGUGAAUUGCCCUGAGACCUUCACGCCAGACAUGAGGUGCAUCAUGGGCGAGUCUCCUUUGGUUCAGGGCUACUUCGUCCUGGCAGGAAUGAACUCUGCUGGCCUUUCAUUUGGUGGAGGAGCUGGAAAGUACCUCGCUGAAUGGAUGGUGUAUGGUUACCCCUCAGAAAACGUCUGGGAGUUGGACCUGAAGCGUUUUGGAGCCCUCCAGAGCAGCCGCACCUUUCUGCGCCACCGGGUCAUGGAAGUCAUGCCUCUGCUGUAUGACUUGAAGGUUCCCCGUUGGGACUUCCAGACAGGGAGGCAGUUACGCACAUCUCCUCUCUAUGACCGGCUGGAUGCACAAGGAGCCAGGUGGAUGGAAAAACAUGGAUUUGAGAGGCCAAAAUACUUUGUGCCACCAGAUAAGGACCUCCUGGCAUUGGAGCAGAGCAAGACUUUCUAUAAGCCGGAUUGGUUUGACAUUGUGGAGUCUGAAGUCAAGUGCUGUAAGGAAGCCGUAUGUGUCAUUGACAUGUCCUCUUUCACAAAGUUUGAAAUAACAUCCACCGGAGAUCAGGCAUUAGAAAUUCUGCAAUACCUCUUCUCCAAUGACCUUGAUGUGCCCGUGGGCCACAUCGUGCAUACCGGCAUGCUCAACGAGGGUGGAGGGUAUGAAAAUGACUGCAGCAUAGCACGCCUCAGCAAGCGCAGUUUCUUCAUGAUUUCUCCAACCGACCAGCAGGUCCACUGUUGGGCCUGGCUUAAGAAGCACAUGCCACAAGACAGCAACCUGCUUCUGGAGGAUGUCACCUGGAAAUACACAGCCCUCAAUCUGAUUGGUCCUCGAGCUGUGGAUGUGCUGUCUGAGUUGUCUUAUGCCCCUAUGACGCCAGACCACUUCCCAAGUCUCUUUUGCAAGGAGAUGAGUGUGGGCUAUGCAAACGGGAUCCGGGUGAUGAGCAUGACGCACACGGGAGAGCCAGGCUUCAUGCUUUAUAUCCCCAUAGAGUAUGCCCUACAUGUCUACAAUGAAGUGAUGAGUGUUGGGCAGAAAUAUGGAAUCCGGAAUGCUGGGUAUUAUGCUCUGCGUAGUCUCCGAAUUGAGAAGUUUUUUGCCUUCUGGGGUCAGGAUUUGAAUACCCUCACCACCCCCCUGGAAUGUGGACGAGAGUCUCGGGUGAAAUUAGAGAAGGGGAUGGAUUUCAUUGGUCGAGAUGCCCUGCUGCAGCAGAAGCAGAACGGAGUGUAUAAACGCCUCACUAUGUUCAUCCUGGACGACCAUGACACAGACCUGGACCUCUGGCCUUGGUGGGGAGAACCCAUUUACCGAAACGGGCAGUAUGUUGGCAAGACCACCAGCAGUGCCUACAGCUACACCCUGGAGCGCCACGUUUGCCUGGGCUUCGUGCACAAUUUCUCCGAGGACACUGGGGAGGAGCAGGUGGUGACAGCAGACUUCAUCAACCGGGGAGAGUAUGAAAUUGACAUCGCAGGACAGCGGUUCUUGGCCAAGGCCAGGCUCUACCCGGUUGCCUCCCUCUAUACCCAUAAGCGUCGAAAGGAUGAUGUGGAGCUAAGUGACUUGCAUGGGAAAUAACGCCAGGCAGUCUCACUUCCUCCCCGUCUUAGCAUCUUAGGAGCCUCUCUCCUGCCGUCCCUCUUAAUUUAACCUUACCUCCCAUCUCUUAUCUCCCUGAUGUAAUCUUUAAACUUUUUGCUUUGCAUCCUUUCUUGUCCUUUCAUCUCCUCCUCCGUUUGCAGUUCCCCAUCUCCUAAUACUCAUUCUGGGUUGUCUGUCCCCUCUGUCCACCCCUCAUAUUCCCAUGAUGACAGGAGCAAGCCCAACUUGUGGUAUUGGGUUAUGCUGACAGUCCCAUUCAGAUGCUGUAUCUAGAAGCAAGGGAAGCUGGUGGUACGCAGGCCUUGGGGCAGGAGGCCAUCUCCGUGGGGCCAGGUGUUCUUGGAGCAACCUGUUAACACAGGUGGGUUGCUUGCUGUAUGUUACAGCCCCGAGGCAGCUUGCUCUCCUGUUCCACUGUGCUGUGAGUUAGCACCCUGAUACCUCUAGCAAGAUGACCAUCUACCUCACUGACGAGAGGCAUCAUGUGAUUGUUAUUGGGCUGCAGCAGAAGUAAAGUUAACCUGGCAUCAUUCCCAGCCUCCCUACCAAACUAGUUAUCAGACCAUAGGGCCAGGGCCACUUGCCUAUAAUUUUAUUCAUCGCAUGUUAAUCUCUAUAAUGACGGGUUUUGCUUGUUAGGCUGAGUAAACAAGUAAGCCACAAUAUUUGAAAGGGGAAAACCAUGUUGCCUUUUGUGUUGCUUUUUCUAGAUGAAAGGAAAGGGUCUUAACCUUAGAAAGUACCAACACCAAACAGUGCUGCUUCUCUUCCCACCACUCAGUCGUCCCAUCCUGAUUUUCCUCAUCAGUUUCCUUGCCUGUCCCUUCGUCAGUAGGCCCACUAGCUCAGCAAACGUCUCUCCCCCUUGAGGGGAGGGAAAGGUAGCGCAUCCCGUCCAUACUGAGCUCAAGAGUACUAGAAGCCCAAGCUCAGCUUCCUCUGGCACAGAACUGAGCCACAGAUGACCCCCGUGGGUCCAAAGUUCUGUGUGUACAUUACAUGAGCCUAGCAGACUGCUUUCCUCCCUUUCCCUGUCCAUCUAGCUCUCUGUAUCCUCUGGAACAGAAAAUGACUUGGGAGUGUCUCCAAACAGACCAUGCAGUUAAGGAGUGGCUCUUUUUCAGGCGUGAAGCCUGAGUGGUAUCAGAGACUAUACUAAUCCAUCCCAACACUUAAUUUCCCCUUGCACCUAAGCUGCCCUAAUUUGAUUUUUUAAAAGUAUAAACUGCUGUUAGAGAGGUAACUAAACUGCAGCCUUUGUUGCCUUGGCAUCGUAGAAGCAUUAGCUCUGCUAGAUCUGUAAAUCUAGUAAAGAUGAUGCUCUCGGGUGCCGCCGCCUUGCUCUGGCGUGUCUGUUUUAUCCAGUGAAUCAGACUGCCUUCUUCUAGACAUUUCCCCAGCCAGACAACACCUAGAUUAGGGUCCACCCUUAUACGUCUUAGUUGACUUAUUAAGGGAGCAUGUGAUUAUAACUGCUUGGAGGGCCUUGCUUUUUUGCUGCAAAUGUAUAUUUAAUAGCCAAGAGAUGUUGCUUCUAGGCAAAGAGGAGAAAGAAGACAGGUUGCCCAGCUGGAGAACAGAAGCCGUGCCAAUGCAGGUGUUACCAGCAGGGAGCCCACUGACCCAAGAAGAUGAGAACAGGUGAUACAGAGCUAAAGUUAUCAAAUGCCCUGCACCAUUCCAAAAUCAUCUUUUCUAGAGUUGUGUAAAUUCCAUCUUGUCCAUAGUAGAGGUCACACUCCUAAGACUGGCAAGAUGACACUCUUCUAGGGCAUCACUGGUUUACUGGGUACCUUGUAGCACACAUUAUUUUUUGGCACUUUAAAGUUCAUCCUUGAAGUCUUUCUGUUCAUUCAAAUACAGGCAAGUGUGAAUCUGGUA